GACAAUGGAUAAUAUCUACACAUCUACACCAAACGGAGUACACACAACUCUCAGCAGAGUCUUGUUGCUGCUGUUUCUGACAGGUCUUCAGCCAGCACUGUCUUCUCAGGGAGCGCAGACUCAACCACCAAGCAGCUUGACGGUAGAAAUCGUCGGUCCGAAUCAUGUCACUGUGGGUGUGCCAAGCAGCAUUGUAUGUUUGUCCAGCUGCUCUCAAUGUACCUAUUCCAUGUCUCUGGACGGACAGACGGCCCAAGGUCAUGGCAACGAGCUAGCCUUCACUGUUAAAAGCUGGGUGGAGGCUUUAACAGUGAAGUGUACAGUCACAGAUGAUGCGACUACUGAGACAGCAGAAAAAGAAAAGAAAAUCCGGGUGCUAGCUGGACCUGCCAACAUCUCCAUCACAGGCCCUGAUUUGAUGAAUCCCACAGUGAGCCACACCUACAGCUGCCACGCCUACUGUCGGCCAUCUUGUAAUUACACCUGGAGGGCAGAUAAAGGCCCGUGGAUUCGUGGUCAAGGCAACGUUAUUUCCGUCAUGCCUCAGGAGAUGGACAACUCCAAAUCUCUCACCUGCAAAGCCACCAACAGCGUUUCUGGGCUGUAUAUCACAGCUACUCGAAACCUUGCUGUGACGACCGGUCCAUCACAUGUCCAGAUCAAAGGCCCUGACGUUAUAGAAAUUGCGGAACAGUAUAAAUUCGAGUGUGCUGCUGAAUGUCACCCCUCGUGUCGCUACGUGUCGUCCGUGGACGGUCAGACCGUGAGGGGAAACGUGAUUGAGAUGUCCGUGGAUGAGCCGCAUAAAUCGGUCACUCUCAAGUGCGAGGUUCAAAACACUGCUUCAAAGAAGACAGCAACAGCCUUAAAAACUGUACAAAUCAAAGGGUUUGAUAAUAAGUCCACACGUCCUGGAGAAACCUUGGUUUUGCUGCUGUUUGCCUUCAUCCUUUCUGCUGCCUUUGCACUGUGAUCCAAAGGGGAAAGUUUGUCUCUUUCAGAUUUUUUCAUCUUCUGCAAAUAAAUCAUGAAGCAACGUUUCUGAACUCCAAAGAAUUGAUGACUCACCUAACCCUAACCCAUACCAGCAAUCUCAAUCUGUGUAUUAGUCUUAUGUGCACAUGUUGACAAUGGGCCGAGCCCUGUUUGCACUUUUGACAUGGCAAAGGAUUCAUACAUCAACAAGUGUGGGAAGGAGUGUGCACUUUUGAUGUUGUCAUUAUAUUUUCUUUUGUUUAACAUAUUUGUAAGAUUCUUCUACAUUGAAGCAGUCUAAAUAUGUACACAGAAAUAUCAUUAAUAAAAUGCUCUGAUGACUUA